GAAUCGCUUGUGAAAAUCUGCUGGCUCCUUGCUUGGCGCGCUCAUUCGCAGCCUCGCCUGGCUCUGCCCUGUCCUCGCUCGUUUUCCCCUCUUCCUUCCCUCCCUCUCGCUCUUCCUCGCUCUCUUUUUUGCUGCAAAGGUGCCUCUCGCAGCCGCGAGGCGCUGCCAUUCCCAGGGACUAGGGAGGCUAUUCUAAGGCGCGACAAGUGCCCCGCCGGCUCGCCUGCAAACCCCGGCAGGGAGAGGGACAGAGACCCUCUCCGAGCCCUCCUCAAAGAAGUCACUCAUCACCUGGCUCAAUAGACAGAAGGACAGCCGACGGCCACUGUGCUCCUUUGAAGAGAGACGUACAGCAAAACCGCAAUGCUCCCUGAAAUGACCCUGUUGCUGCUGCUGUUGAUUGGCAUCUCCACAGUAGCUGGAGGGGGAGCAGGAGGAGGUUAUGCACAAAUCAAAUACAUGCCGCCUGUGGUGAAAGGACCUCUUGGCCCUCCAUUCCGGGAAGGCAAAGGACAGUACAUAGAUAUGCCGCCACCGCUGCUACCAAUGGACCUCAAAGGGGAACCUGGACCUCCUGGGAAGCCGGGCCCAAGAGGUCCUCCUGGCCCACCUGGCUACCCUGGGAAACCAGGCACUGGAAAACCAGGGCUUCAUGGCCAACCAGGCCCUGCUGGUCCACCUGGGUUUUCUGGCAUAGGCAAGCCAGGUAUCCCUGGCCUUCCCGGCAAGGCAGGAAUAAAAGGAAUGCCUGGUACGACAGGUGAGCCUGGCGUGAGAGGAGACCAAGGGCCAAGAGGCUUGCCGGGUCCACCAGGGUUGCCUGGACCUGCUGGGAUUUCUGUUAAUGGUAAACCAGGCUCCUCAGGUAGUCCAGGCCUACCAGGAUUCCGAGGGGAGCCUGGAGCAAAAGGAGAGCCUGGCCCCCGUGGUGAGCGUGGCAUGAAGGGUGAAAACGGAGUUGGAAAACCAGGGUUGUCUGGGCCACGGGGGAAUGCAGGAGCCCCUGGCCCCGCAGGGCCUCCAGGAGCUAUGGGCAUUGGGAAACCUGGAUUUGAUGGAUUGCCUGGUGCCCCAGGUGAAAAAGGUGACUUGGGUCUUCCAGGUGAGCCAGGUAUCAAUGGGCAGCCUGGGCCUAUGGGUCCACGUGGCCCACCUGGAGUUGAUGGAAUUGGUGUACCAGGUGCUGCUGGCAUACCAGGCAUGCAAGGCCAUCUGGGUCCUAAGGGGGAACCUGGCCUCCGUGGUCUUCCUGGUAUGCCUGGGCCUACAGGAUAUGGGAAGCCAGGUCUGCCUGGCUUAAAAGGAGACCGUGGUCAACCAGGCAUAUCUGGAGCCCUUGGUGACAAAGGAGAGCCUGGAAUAGAUGGUGAGCCAGGAGAGAUGGGCCCCCCUGGUGUUACUGGGUCACCAGGCCCUCCUGGUUCUAUGGGCAUGCCAGGCAAGCAUGGAAUUCCAGGCCCUAAAGGUGAGCCUGGACCAGCUGGGCCUGGAGGACAACCAGGCAUGCGUGGGGACCAAGGGCCCAGUGGUUUUGUGGGGAAGCCGGGGAUUCCUGGAGAGAGAGGGUUACCUGGAGCACAAGGGAUGGCUGGCCCAAUGGGUCCCAAAGGGGAAAGUGGUUUCAUAGGGCUUCCUGGGGUGCCAGGACAAACAGGAAUCAUGGGCCCUAAGGGGGAUGGAGGUAUCCCAGGGCAACCAGGUCUUCGAGGUCCAUCAGGCAUACCAGGUUUACAGGGGCCUUCUGGUCCAAUGGGCCCACAAGGUUUACCAGGCUUAAAGGGGGAGCCUGGCUUCCCAGGGCCGCCAGGAAAUGGCAAAGUAGGUGAGCGAGGAAUCGUGGGUCCCAUGGGGCCACCAGGGGUUCCUGGAAAUCCAGGAUUAAAUGGGCCACCAGGACUUCCAGGGCCACCGGGACCACCUGGUCCACCAGGGAUGUUUGAUGAGACAGGCAUCGCUGGCCUUCAUUUGCCAGAUGGAGGUGUAGAGGGAGCAGUGCUGGGGAACGGCAAGCAUGGAAAGCCACAGUAUGGCAGAGGAGAACUAUCUGCCCAGAUGGUACCAGCUUUCACCGCCAUCUUGACCUUACCAUUCCCAGCUUCAGGUAUGCCAGUAAAAUUCGAUAGGACUUUGUACAACGGGCAUAAUGGCUAUAAUCCAGUGACUGGGAUCUUCACAUGUCCCAUCUCUGGCAUCUACUACUUUGCCUAUCAUGUCCAUGUUAAAGGAACUAAUAUCUGGGUAGCACUUUACAAGAACAAUGUACCUGCCACCUAUACUUACGAUGAAUAUAAAAAGGGCUACUUGGACCAGGCUUCCGGUAGUGCUGUGCUUGAACUCAAAGAGAAUGACCAAGUCUGGAUCCAGAUGCCAUCGGAUCAAGCCAAUGGUUUGUACUCCACAGAAUACAUUCAUUCUUCUUUUUCCGGAUUCCUUCUCUGCCCUACAUAACAGCUGUUGGAAAGAUCUCCUUUUAUCUACUUUAGCCAUAAACUGUCUUUCAAAAGAAUACAAAACAUCACUGGGAAGAUGGUACAAACUGGUGCUGAGAAACUAUUUUGGCCAAGAAGAUCAGUAGAAGAGAGACUGUAUUGGCAGAUGUUUUCAGUACCCGUCUUUGUAUUCAGAAUUUAGUUUUCCCUAGUGACUGUACAUCAGACACAGAUGCUAACUUGGGGAUUAGUUGCCAUUCAGUUCUCUUAGACGCACAGAAGGCAUUUGAUCGAUGGCAGCAUGUGGAGAACUGCAGCCUGCAAUGUAUAAAGGUGUAGAAUUCCUUAUUCGAUUGAGGCAUCUUCUUCCAAAGUUAGCAUUUGUUCACGCUUUAGUUUUCUGUUGUAAAAUGUGAUCCAAGUCAGCCUUGGGGUAAUAAAGACUCAAUAUGGCGAACUGUGUCAAAGUGCAGAACACUUUGCAUCAACAGAAUGCACAGUACAUCUCUAUUGUAUCCUGUCCAGGGUAUACAGAGAGCAGGAUGGCAAGCAAAACAUAUUCCAAACCAUUCAGAGACUGUUGUGAUCUUAUGCCCCCCAAGACUCUCAAAGUCACAUUAAUCUAUUGGCAAGUAGAAAAACUCAACAUCCACACCUUGUGAAAAGCAGUGGCUGCAAAACAACAACCCUGCGAAGAGGUGUCUGACACUUCCAAUACAAAGGCACUACAAGGCACAGCUUUCAACACUUGCUUACUUAGCUGGGAAAGGACGUGUUACACUAUCUUCAAAGUGCCAGUUAACAGACAUUUUUUUCAGGAUGUGUAAACAAUUUUUGUUAUUGUUGAUGAAAGUGGCAGAAGCACCCGGCCUCCAUGAAUUUCUUGAUUUACAAAAAGUAGAGUCCAUUUCUAACUUUCCACUUGGUUGUGGGUUUUUUUACAACGGUGCUAUUAGCUACUUAAUGUUAUUCACAAGUAUAGUGCAAUAUCUAUCACAAAAAGGUGCAAAAUGUUAUGUACAAAGAUUUCUGUGAUUAAGAAAAAAGGAAUAAUGUCAUUGUCUUUUUUUAACCACUGUCUCACUAAUGCUUGAAAUGUCACCCAUCUGACUCUGGGUUACAAGGCUACUUGGCUCUUGGGAGGAGGAGGUAUGGAUUGUUGGUCAUGUGGAUAUCAUCAUUGACUAGGAGCAUUCAAAACCUUCCGUUCUACAGAAUGCCUUAAAAAAUAGCAAUGCCUUAUAUUGAUUUUAAAAAGAGAGACCUCAUCCUGGAGAAAUGAGAUGCUGUUUAAAUGACACCACGUAAAACUAUACUAAGAAUCCCUUUCUGUGUAGAACUGGACUGAAGAAGAAAAAGAAGAAUGAAUCCAGUUUGUGUUUAAAGACUAUUCUGUGCAUGUGUCCAGGAUGCCCACAAUACGGCCAGUGAUUUGGUAUAACUCUCCAGGUUUAUUGUAGAUAUAAAUAUUUAAACCAUGUUAGAAAAACAACACAAUCAAUGCUGAGUUUGUCACAAGAGUUCGACAAUAAAAGAUGGGGUGGGGGAGACCCCAAUCUGGAUUACGGAAGGCAGGAUUAACACAGAGAGAGCACUGAGAGACUUGGCUGGCUGGCUGGCUUGCAUUCAUGCUCCCGCCUUCCUCCAACAAAUGGUGUGAUUUGGACACCACACAAUAUAGGCCCAAGAUUUCCUUCCAUCUGAUGUUUUCAAAAAUUCCUAAAGACAGGGAGAAUGCCAAAAGCACAGUGCACUUGCAAUAAAGAUUUUUGGUAUCACACUGGGUCAUAACAGACUCAAUUUAAAGAAUCCCCAGAGCACAGAUUUCCUAUGUGACUAAUAUUGGAAGAAGAGUGCUUGGAGUAUUGCGCUUUCAAUUUAGAAGUAUUUUCCUGUGGAGAACUUCCAUUUAAACACCAUUAGAUCAAAGAAAAUGUGUUACUUUUUAACAGUCACACUGUCAGAGGUGGAAAGACUGGUAGAUAAUAUUCGAACAGCAGUUUAAGAGCUCAUUAAAUCCAAGAUCUGCUCCCAGGUGCCUUGAACACAAUUUAUUUAUACUGUGUUCUAACACAGACAGAAUACUUUUUUUUCCUUUACAGAUUCCUUACUUGUGUUUGGCUGGCAAGAAAACACAAGUGGCAAACUGCACAAACUCAGCAACGUUAACUGAUUCAGUUCUAUUAAGUACCAUUUUGCAGCCUCACUAUUCCGAUACAAAGCAUUAAAAACUUCUGCAUUCAUGUAACUUAAAACUUUUAAACACAGCAUAUCAAAAGGUAUCAUUAUUACACAAAUGAACAGGCUGUUUGGCAAGUCAUGGAUUAGCUUAUUUUUACUGAAGUGAAAAUAAACCUGCUAUUUGUCUGAGAACUGUUGGGUUUUCAUGUACAAAACCAGGGGGGAAAUUUGGUUUCAGUCAGUAGAAAGAUCAGGUUUGAAGACUUAUUUCAAGUAUGCAUUACAAUAUGCAUUUUUAUAUAUCAAUUCUUACUUUUUAAAACAAAGUUUGCCUCUAGUAUUUUCAUUUCUAACCUAGUAUAUAGAGAGGUUUUUGGUUUUUUAGUUUUGUAAAUACUUAUGUUACAUGCACUGUUUCAUAGUAAAUUUGGUUUAAAAUGCACUCUUGUUUUGUGAUCAAAAACUGGCCCUCACUUCUGAACUGAAACUACAGUACUUGAUUGUAUUGACCCAACAUCAAUAAAUCUUAUUUUACAAAAAAAAAAUGUAUUUCAGUCACGCCCUAUAAGAAAAUCAA